ACUUCCGUAAAUCUUUGGCGGGAGAUGCAAGUAACCAGGAAGCAGCCAGCUCGUCUUGUUUUGCAAUCUUGAUUCAUAAGCAAAGUUAUAACAUUAUAGCCAGGAAACACUCAGCAUUGCUUCUAAUAAUGGAUACCGCAGUCCUUGGACAGACAGAGGACUGGAAGAACACGAAGGAGGCGGUCAGGGACUUUCGACGGCUGCUACUUUGCUCCAAAUGCUCGAAUUUAAUGACGGAACCUGUGUGUCUGGGAAUGUGCGAGCAUAUGCUGUGCAGGUCCUGCGCUGGCCCCCGGGCAGGAGAUGGCUGCGUGGUGUGUCAGAGUCCUGCGUGGGUGAAGGACAUCCAAAUCAACAGGCAGCUCAGCAGCAUCACACAGCUCUUCUGCAGUUUGGAGUCCCUGCUCAAUCCCACAGAACAACCAGACUCCUCUCCAGCCAAGAUUCAAACACAACCUCAGAGCCCCGUCUUAAAACACAAGAAGAAUUUCAAGAUCUGGUUUAGCCCCCGUAGCCGCAAGGUACGCUGCACGGUGGAGAAGCCGUCAGAGGUCACCGUGCCGGACAGCACGUCUUCUGGAGAAACAGCUGCCGCACAGCCAGACACUCUCGCUGCUCAACGCCAGGACCUGUCAGUUUUCAAUUUCGCCUCGUCCUCCCAAGACUCUGGCUCGCCUUGCUCUCAAAGAUGCAAAAAUGAAAACAGGAAGAAGAGGUCAACUAAGAAAAGCGCCGCCAGCAGGAAGGCGCCAGUGCAAAGAGCCACUAGGACAACUCGAAAACAUACCGAGGAGAAGAUGAAGAAGAGCAGGCUGGAGGCUAUAAACCAGUUAUGGGGGAUCACCGAGGAAGUAGAUGCUGUAAAGGAAAAGGAGCAGCCCUGUGCUGAAGGGGCAAAGAGGUCCAGUAAAAGAGUUUCCUUCCUCAACUCUGCUGUCCAGUCUGACGAGCCUCAGCCCGAAGUGCCACAGGGGAGUACUAAUGAAGUCGGCCCUGGCAGAAGCACCACGAGGGAGAGUCUCUUAGGAGGCAGCGUGACUGUACUGAAUGACCAAAACCAGCCUAGUCAGAGAGUCUCGGACAGUGUCGGCCAGCAUGACAAACUGUCUGAAACUGACGAUCUUGAAAAACAGGACACAGUAUCUCCCCCAAAGCAUUCAUCAAAAAGAACCAGGGUGGAGGAGAAGGUUGCCAUGUUGGAGACCACACCAAAAAGGCCCAGGGCUUCCCCAGGCAGGCGGAGAAAAUCACAGAUGUCUCCAGCUGUCCUUAACCCUCUUUCUUCGGCCAGUCCCCGGUGUGACAAGAGCAUCAAAAACUCAAGAGAAGAGCAAGGAAACAGCCCCUCUGUCCUAGCCGCUGUCGGUACAAAAUCUCCCCGUUCUCCCGGUGCAUCUGUUGGACGGCCCAUCUCAGGGAGCCCCACAGUUAUGAAGAGGAACCACAGGGGAGAGACCCUGCUGCAUCUAGCUGCUAUAAAGGGAGGCGUAGAGGCUGUCAAGGAACUGCUGGACCAGGGGGCUGACCCCAACCUGAAGGAUAAUGCUGGGUGGACACCUCUGCACGAAGCGUGUAACCUGGGUCACCUGGCAGUUGCGGAGGUGUUUGUCUCAAGAGGAGCCCUGUUGAAUACGCCCGGCUAUGAAAAUGACUCUCCGCUCCACGAUGCUGUGAGGAACGGACACCCAGCCAUUGUCAAACUACUGCUGCAGCAUGGAGCCUCGCAGAACGUGCUUAAUCUGUAUGGAAAGCGGCCUGCCGACUACGCAGUGAGUCUGGAGAUGCUGGAGAUUUUCCAGGAAGCCUCAGAAGGAACCCAAUAUGCUAAUACAUCUCUCAGCCCCUCAGCCAGUCUCUCUAUAGUGAACGACUGUGUGAGAAGGGAUGAAACGGCGGUGUUUCUGGCCAGCAAGCUGUCACAGCCAGAACAGCUUCAAGUGGCCAAACUGGGAGAGCUACUGGGAGGGAGCAUGGCCAACACCUUUUCUGGCUCAGUGAGCCAUGUCGUGGUGCCAGAAGGACACAUGCCCACCACCAACUCCACCCUCCUCGGUCUCCUUGCCGGCUGCUGGGUUGUCAAAUUCAGCUGGGUGGAAGCAUGUCUGCAGGCAGGCGAGUGGAUGCCCGAAACUGAGCAUGAAGCGGGAGAAGGCCCCCAGCGCAGUCGCGUCAACAGAUGCAGCUUGCUCCCACCGCUCUUCGAUGGCUGUUUCUUCUUCCUCCUCGGCUCCUUCAAGGCGCCUUCCAAAGACGUGCUCACCAAGCUGCUCCGGGAAGGAGGAGGUCAGCUCCUGAGCCGGCAGCCCAAACCCGACAGCGACGUGACACAAACGCUGAGUGCUGCCGCCUACCACGCCCUGCCAGGCUCCGACCAGGCCCUCUGCACCCAGUACAUCAUCUUUGACCCCCAGGGCCCUCACAAGCCGGCAGUGGUGAGGCGAGGCAAGGUGUGGUCCGCUCCCUCCACCUGGCUCAUCGACUGCAUCGCGGCCUUCCGCCUCCUCCCCGUGUCAGACUCUCAAACGUCGGUCUAAACAAUUUUUCAUAUAUUCAUAUAAUAAUUAGGCACUGAGAUAUUGCUUGUCCUUGAGCGUGGUCAUCAUGUGUUUUUUUUUUAUUCUUUAAUAUGUAAACGAAUCACACAAUAAAUAAUAAAAAAAAAUGAUGUACCUCAAUAUAAAAUGAAAUCUGCA